AUGGCUGUGCGAAGGGAGCGCAGCAGUUGGGCACGUGCGAUGGAGGGGUUGCAGCAGCUGGCCCACGCGUCCCUGCGACUGACUGUGAAGAGUUUCGGCAGUUCGAUGGCCACCUGCAUGAGACAGAGACAAUGGCAGCAACCCCUCCGGCUUCUUCGGGAAAUGAACUUCAGGCACGCGUCACCGAACUUGAUAACCUUCAACUCCACCAUCAGUGCCUGUGGUACGGAACACUGGCAUUUAGCCUUCGAUCUCCUUUCAGAACUCCAAACUCAGCGGUUCGUCCCCGAUGCCUUCAGCUACGGUGCGACGGCCGCUGCCUUGCAAGAGGGGCCCUGGCAGAGAAGCCUGAGUCUUCUGGAGGUGAUGCCGGCGGCCAGCAUUUGGCCCAACAAAGUGGUUUACACUUCCGCUGCAAGCGCACCUGCGAAUGCCACGCAGUGGAAUCGGGCUAUCUCACUUUUGGCUGCAGCAGGCGCUUUCAGACAUGAUCCCGACCAGCUGACCUACGCAUCCAGCAUCGGGGCUUGUGAGAAAGCCGGCCUCUGGCAGUUAGCCCUGCAAGUCCUGUCAACCAUGGCUUUCAGUCAGCUGAAGCUUAACACCAUCAUCUAUAAUGCUACCAUCAGUACAGCUGCAGCAGACUGGCAAGUGGCUUUUCAGCUUUUCGCUUCUGUACCAAUACAAAACUCUGUGCCUGACCACAUCACCUACAACACCACCGUGAGUGCCUGCGAUAAGGAAGGUGUUUGGGCUCAGGCGGUUUACAAGCUGGCAGAGAUGCCGGAUGCGAUGGUAAAGCCUGACAUCAUUACAUUCGGUUGCUGCAUCAGUGCCUGCGAAAAGUCCAGUUUCUGGCAGCUCGCAGUUGACCUGCUCCGGAUGCUGCGUGACAGGCAGCUGCAAUCAAACACAGUCACCUGCAAUGCUGCAAUCAGCGCCUGUGAGAAAGGAUGGCAGUGGCAGAAAGCCCUUGCUCUGUUAUUCGAGAUGCAGUCUGCCAGACUGUCUCCAAACGAGAUUUCCUACAAUGCGACCAUAAGUGCAGCUGAGAAGGUAGCAAGGUGGCAGUGGGCCCUAACACUGUUUACGAAAAUGAAGCAGUCAAAGCUGAGACCGAACACCACCACCUUCAGUGCUACCAUCAGUGCAUGUGAGAAGGGAUUCCAGUGGACCCGAGUGUUAUGCCUGCUUAUCGACAUGCACCGGGUCGGUGCCAUUCCCAACCGGAUUACCUUCAAUGCUGCACUUUGCUCGUGUUGGCGGGCCGAUCGCUGGCAGCUUGUAUUGCAGCUGUUUUCAGACAUGUUGUCUAUGCACAUGUCUCCCGACGAAACGAGCUUCAACUGCGCCCUUGGAUCUUGCGAGUCGUCGUCCAAGCCACAUGGGACUCCUGAACUACUGCAGGGCUUGGCUGAGUCAGCCAUGCACCUGCGGCUCCUAAACCCACUAACAUCCUAA